AUGACCCCGGGCCCAAAAACGCCGACUGAAAAGUUUUACGAGCAGAAUUUACAAACUAUUGGUACAUUUAACACAGUGCAGACAUUCUGUCGUUACUUCAAUUGGGUAAAGAAGCCGAGUCAUCUAGAUGUAAACACAAAUUUCCACAUCUUCAAGGAUAAGAUUAAACCCAUGUGGGAAGAUCCCGCUAAUGCCAACGGCGGUAAAUGGGUCAUUUCAAUGCGCAAUCCUCAACUGUUAGACCGUUGUUGGACUUGGCUCGUUUAUGCUCUCGUUGGAGAAGAACUUGAUGAGGGUGAUGAUAUCUGUGGAGCCGUCAUGUCGCGAAGAUUACGGGGAGACAGAAUUGCCGUUUGGGUGAGGGACAAAGACAAUGUUCCUGUUAUUAAUGGUAUUGGGAAGCGUCUAUUAAAGAUCUUAGACCUGUUGGACGAAAAGGGUAUUGGUAUGGACUUCCAGUUUAAUGAAGAUGCUCUAAAGUCCGGCACAUCAUACAACAACAAAACCUAUCUGUCGUUAGAAUCUCUAAAGCAAGAACUUGAAUUAGAAAAGAAUGGAUCUGUGAAAAAACCCGAAAUCCAAGAGACCGAGUCAAAAGAACCAGAAAUCACUGUGACGACUCCAGAUAUGGUUACUGUAGAUUUUAAUUUUACAGAGAACGAGGAAAGUCACGAAAAAGAUACCGAAAAUCAUGAUGAAGAGGACGAUAAGGAACCUAGCGAUGACGAGGCAAACGUAAAUGACAAGGAAAACGAGGAAGCGGACAAGGAAGAUGAUAAUGAUGAAGGAAGUAAUGACGAGAACGAAGAAUUACAUGGGGAGAGUGAACUAGAGAAUAAGAAUGAUGAAGCACCUGUCGAGAGCGAGAAAGAUCAUGACGAGCCAGUUGCCGAAAUCAAUUAA